UUGCUAUGUUGAAUAAUGCAUUUUGUCUGUAGGGACGUUCGUGGCAAUAGAGCUGCUCUCUUUGAUGGCAUUGAAGAAGGUGGCAUUAGGGCAUCAUCUUCUUACUCUUCUCAUGAGAUUGAUGAGCAUGAGAAUGAAAGAGCAAUGGAUGGCUUGCAGGAUAGAGUCAUUCUGCUGAAGAGAUUGUCUGGUGAUAUAAAUGAAGAAGUGGAGACCCAUAACCGCAUGUUGGAUAGAAUGGGCAAUGAGAUGGAUUCAUCCAGGGGAGUUCUGUCGGGAACAAUGGAUCGUUUUAAAAUGGUGUUUGAGACGAAAUCAAGCCGGAGAAUGCUUUCUCUUGUUGCAUCAUUCGUGGUGAUUUUCCUAGUCGUGAACUAUCUCACUAGGUAAUGGGUCGCAAUACGUUGAAGGCUUAAAGCUGCUAGAGAUUAAAACUUUGGGGGGUUGCUGUGAACUCCUUACUUUAAGUAAAUACUCUCUGGCUUGUAAGUUCGUGGUCCUCUGUUUAAAGAUCCCUGGAUAUGCUUGAACUGUUUUCAAAGGCUUCGACGUGGAGUGGUAAUAAUAGUAGUAUAGUACCAGCCUGACUAAUCUGCGACAUCUUUUCCUUCACAAUCUAUAUAUCAAUAUGUAAAUGAAUGUCUAUACAUUGAUUUG